AUGCCUUCAAAUCGACAGAAGAGACUUUAUGUGAAGCAAUUAAUACCAAAAGUACAUUGGGACGACAUUGGUGGGCUUGAAUCAGCAAAGGACCAUCUUGUCAAAGCAUUUUCAAACAAGGAUCUUUCGAAAGAUUCUUCUUACAGCAGAAAGGGCGUCCUUUUACAUGGACCUCCGGGGACAGGAAAAACUUUGCUAGCAAAAGCUGUGGCAACCGAAUUUUCCUUGCGAUUUCUUUCUGUAAAGGGGCCUGAAUUGCUAGAUAGCUAUGUUGGCGAAUCGGAAAGGAAUAUCAGAGAAUUAUUUAAAAGGGCAAAAGAGAUGGCGCCGUCGUUGAUCUUUUUUGACGAGCUAGAUUCACUUGCGCCCUCUCGUUCGCUGUCAUCUGGAGGGUCUUCGUCUGGGGUCAUGCAUCGUCUGGUAUCGCAGCUCCUGUCGGAGAUCGACAACAUCCCCGGCUCUAAUUACAAGCUAGCUGCAACCAAUAGACCUGAUCUGAUCGACUCGGCUCUUUUGAGACCCGGUCGUUUUGAUACCAGUAUUGAGUUUGGAAUUAUUCGAACGAAGGAGGGAAUCUUUUCGGUAUUAAAGGCGCUCACCAGAAAGUAUGUUGCUUUAAACACCUCUGAAUGUGACGAUAGAUUUGAAUUGGGGCCCGAUUCGGACGACAUUUUGUGUUCGCUUGCGUGCAAGGUUUUUCUCCCAAGAACUGGUGCCGAAUUGUAUGCCAUCUGCUCCACCGCUCUGUUAAAUGCCAUUAACAGAGGCAUCUGUUGCGCCAAAGAGACCCUUAUUAAGGGUAAUGGCCUGCUUGAACAGACGGUGCAAAUUAAUCCGGAGUUUGAGCCGAUCAUUCUCAAUGGCUUGGUUGCCGGGGAGAAUUGCCUCACCAAGCCGACCUUUAGUGUUUCCGAUUUUGUGAUGGCUGCAAAGGAAUUGGAAAUGCUUAUCGGCGUAAUAAAUUAA